AGAUCUCCAUUCCUGAAGACUUCAGUGUUCACCACCAGCUUUGGCUUUCCUCUCCCUUCACUGACCAUCCUGGUGAUAGUCAUGGCUUCCUCCAGCACAGGUGAGGGAACCAGCUCCAGCAGCAUGUCUCAGUCACAGAUAGCUCAACGCACAUGGGAGAUGGCAAACAACAUGGAGGCCGUCAAUUCUGCUGAUGAAAUUUACCAGUAUGAUGGUAAACAACAGCAGGAUAUUCUCCAAGCUAAACCGUGGGAGAAAGACCCACACUUCUUCAAACAAAUCAAGAUAUCAGCCCUGGCGCUGCUAAAGAUGGUGAUGCAUGCCCGGUCUGGGGGCACUCUUGAGGUGAUGGGUCUGAUGCUUGGAAAAGUGGAUGGACCAACUAUGAUUGUCAUGGAUUCAUUCGCACUGCCAGUUGAAGGAACAGAGACACGGGUCAAUGCUCAGGCCCAAGCUUAUGAAUAUAUGACUGCCUAUGUGGAAGCUGCCAAGCAGGUUGGACGCCAAGAAAAUGUGAUUGGUUGGUAUCACAGCCAUCCUGGGUAUGGCUGUUGGCUGUCUGGCAUUGAUGUGUCUACACAGAUGCUGAACCAAAACUACCAAGAACCUUUUGUAGCUAUUGUUAUUGAUCCCAUUCGCACCAUAAGUUCAGGGAAGGUCAACAUUGGAGCUUUCAGGACAUACCCCAAGGGUUACAAACCACCUGAUGAAGGUCCCUCAGAAUACCAAACAAUCCCUCUCAACAAGAUUGAAGACUUUGGUGUCCACUGUAAGCAGUAUUAUUCCUUAGAUAUCUCCUACUUCAAAUCCUCUCUAGACAAAAAACUUUUGGAUUCUCUUUGGAACAAAUAUUGGGUAAAUACACUGAGCUCCUCAUCACUCAUAACGAAUGCAGAGUACAUGACAAGGCAGAUAUUUGACCUUAGCGACAAACUGGAGAAUUCAGAAACUGCCCUUGGCCGAGCUGGUCUUUUUGGUUUGGAUCCACAGGAAAAGAAGACUGAAGACAAGUUGAGUCGUGUUACCAGAGAUUCUUGCAAGACCACCAUGGAGGCACUGCAUGGACUUAUGGCACAGGUGGUCAAAGAUCGCCUUUUCAAUCAAAUACCUCAAACGCAGGCACAGGAUCCACCUCAAGCUUCGCAAGCACAAGCCUGAAGUGUUAAGAUGUUACUCUUUAUACUGAAUCCUCUAAUACAAAUAGUGCAACACAUGUGAGUAUUUAUAUUGCAUCUUAGCUUUUUCAUUGAAAAAAGUUAAUUUUCAGUUCAAAAUUCUAAAAUAUAUGGCUAUAACAUCUCCACAAGGACAAGGUCUAAAUGAAAUGAAGUAUAUGCACACACACACACACACACACACACUAUAAUGUUAUCUAUCUAUCCAUCUUUCUGAUACCUCAUUCCCUCCAGGAGCACCUCCAAAGAGGAUGUCCAUGUCGUAUCCAAACAUUCCCUUCUUACUUUUUUGAGACUUGACCUCUAUUAACACCAUGCUUGUCAUAGUCUUUUCCUGGCACCCUAUUACACUCAUUCCCAAAAAUUUUUAGCUUUAUAUAGAAGCACUGCCUUCCUCUACUUAUGUGGUACUUCUUGUUUCCAUGCCAGAUCACAUUAGAAGCAUCCAUUCUACCACCAUUUCACCUACACUAAUUCUGGGCCACCACAUUUGGGAUUAUCAGCCUGGUAUAUAGUUUUGCCACACCAGCCUAGCUAUUGCUCACUCUAGCUCCUUCCUACCAGCUCCUCUCUACAUAAACACUUGUUCUCUGCUGCCAUACUUAAACUAAGAUACUGUUGUUUCCCCUUCUGCCCUCUCAUUUAUUAAAUGGUGAAAAUGCCUUUUCCAUGCUUUCCACCUUUCUCCUUGCUACUAACAAGAACUCCAUAAUUUUUCAAUAUCCUCACCUUGCUCUCUAUCUCCCCCUUCUUUCUAACUUCCUUCAAAUUAAUGUCUUAUGGUUUUAUUCACUUUUCACACUGAGCUUCCUGUCAAAUUCUUCAUUUACUUUGAUCAGUUCCUUCUUUUCACUGUCCACUAAUACACUCCCCUUACUCCAAUCCCCAAGUUUUUUUUAUAUCAUCCAACUACUUGUGCUGCAAGGAUGUGAGUAUAUUAAGCACCACCUUUACACUUGAUUCUUCUACAACUUUUGGACCAGCUUUUGUAUUUUCAUCUACUUUCUAUUCUUCACAUCUAGCCUUACACUAGCCACUGUCGUUCACAUUUUCUCAUUUCCAUAGUUACCACAUUGUGAUCUGAACCAUUAAACAUUCCUUUUACAAUCUUGGUAUCCUCAAUCAGGCUUUUCUCUUUCAUUUUGUACCUGUGGUCAUUUUGUUAGAAAAUGAUGUUUGCCUGAAACCCUUUUUCAUUCAUUUCAUCUACUCCCCAUUUUUCUUGCCACAUCUGCUACUUUGCUCCCUUCUUAUACAUUUAUCUCUCGUUAAUUCUAUCCUCCUGUUUCCAGUUUUCCCGAGGCACACAUUUACAUCAUUCUAAAAUUUUCUCUUUUCUUGGAUUUACAGGUGCAUACACACAAACCCAAGCAUACUUAAAUAUCCCUGCUUUCCCUUCAGCCCAAAUUUUUAGUUUCUUUCCAAAAUACAGCUGCACCAACAUUCCUCCAGCAUCAGUGCCAACCCUCAGGGUGUACUAAUGAGGUGCAUCUUAAGGUAGAGGGUGGGGGAUGGGGUGGGCUAGCACACUGUUCUAUUAAAGGGUAAGUCCAGUUGCCAGCUUUUCCAUACAAUCCUGGCUUUUCAUCCAGCAAAAGUUGCACCCAGGUUAAACCUCAUUGAUUAUACAAUACUGUCAGUGCUAUAAUUUAAUCAUGCAAAUUGUAUAUUGGUGACCUUUGUUUUUGGUUGCAUAAGUGCUCAUCACUUUGUACAAGAUGAAAAGAACUUUGUAAUUAAAAGAAGAAUCCAACGCAAAACUUUAUUUAUAAUAUAAUCUUUAGAACAGACAGGAUAUAUUACUACUACACUGGAAUCCAAAUGUUCCAGUAGAUUAAUCAAGGAUGGUGAAUCUUAUAGUCUUCAUUAUGCAAUAGUGUGUACAUUUUAUAUUAAUGGAUCUGAGCUAUUAUUUGUAUCUGACUAUGAAAUCUGUUAUGACAAUGAACAUCUAAUGUCA